AUGAGGUUGGUCCUCGCAAGGCGUAGAAUAUUGCCAAGAUCCGUCCAUCUUAGAACCCAUUGUCGAGCCUUGUCGACCUCCACCGCCUUUCGUGUUGCGAGACGUAGCUCGGAAUUCAAUUCCGGGUUUACGAGCAGCUACGAUCCAAACGAAGAAGGGCGCGGCCCUAUGUUCUCGAAGAAUACCUUCGGAGUACCUCAAUUUUACCCUCGAGACCUCAAGAAACGAGUCGACGAAUACGUAGUCGGACAAGACCGAGCGAAAAAGACGAUAUCUUCCGUUAUCUUUAACCACUACCAGAACUUACGGCGGCGGCAGCAUCAAGAGGAACAAGAGAGGAAGCAAGAUGAAAAGCUUAUGCGGCAGGCCAUAGCCCGCGGUCGUAAUGCGAGGGAGAGGGAGCCUCGCCCAGUUGAAGGUUGGCAUCACCUGGCAUCAAUGACUCGACGGUAUCGCACUGACGACGUAUCCAAAGAUGAAUAUCCGGGCCACCAUGAUUCUACACAGAAUAUGCAUCAGGCAUGGCAACAUGCUGAAGAGAAGAUCGAUUUCUACAUACCCGAAGAUACUAGUCGAACGCCACCAGUUAAGAUCGAUAAAAGUAAUUUACUACUAAUAGGCCCAACCGGUGUUGGGAAAACCUACAUACUCGAGACAUUGAGCAAGAAGAUUAACGUUCCUUUUGCGAUAUGCGAUUGCAACUCCUUCACCCAAGCCGGCUACAUAGGCCAAGAUGUCGAGACGUGCAUCGAAAGGUUAUUAAUAGAGUCUAACUACGACGUGACGGCUACGGAACAAGGAAUAGUAGUCCUUGACGAAUUCGAUAAGAUUGCGAAACGCGAAACAACAAACGGGAGGGAUGUGGGUGGCGAAGGGGUACAGCAGGCGUUGUUAAAGCUGGUUGAAGGGACCAAGGUUACAAUUAAUGUCAAGGAGAAUCGCUCAUCAUCUUCGUCACGUACGGCAAGUCCAAUUACCACGAAUUAUACUGGUCCGGGAUCUACGAGCUCUACCUCAGGGCCUCAACCGACGCCGCCGGCUUCCGGAAAGGUGGAUCAAUAUACUAUCGAUACGAGCAACAUAUUAUUCGUCAUGUGCGGAGCCUUUGUCGGACUCGACAAAACGAUAUUGAAUCGGGUAUCUAAGUCUAGUAUGGGCUUUGGCUCUGAGCUCCGGAGUCGACAUGUGUCCGGAAACAAAGCAGAUCUUCCACCAGCACUAUUCAAUCACCUUCCUCACAGACCCCCGAACGCCGAGGAUACGUCAACCCUUACCGCACUGGACCUCGCGACGCCCGAGGACUUGCAAAGCUUCGGAUUUAUUCCGGAACUUAUCGGACGUGUGCAUAAUAUCGUGGCGCUAUCACCGUUGUCGAGGAACGAUUUAUUAAGAAUCCUGAUCGAACCGCGCAACUCGCUAGUCGCGCAAUACACGGCACUAUUCGAGACCUAUCCUUCCAACCUCUUCUUCACGCAGAAAGCCUUGCAAGCCAUCGCAGAGCGCGCGGAGAAAGCGCAGACGGGCGCUCGGGGACUGAAGAUGGAGAUGGAGCGCGUGCUGGCCGAAGCCAUGUUUGACGCUCCUACGCACUACGUAUUAGUCACCGAGAAAGCCGUGCGCGGCGAGGAGAAGGUCGGCUAUUGGGGUAAGGAUGGUCGACUCGAAGUCGAGAGGCUGAUACGCGAGGAGGAUGGUCUAGCCGGCGUCCCGGGGCAGGAUGCUCGCAAGAGGGAGAUCGUGAGUAGCUUCGGCGACUACCGGGAGGCUGGCCAGAGCGGUGCUUAGAAACAUGUAGCACCUCUGGAAUCGAGUCCGCAUUAACCAUUGUUUUACCGUACACCAUGGUGUUUUUGUUUUGGGAUACAGUAUUCGGCGCGGUGUUGAUAUGGGAAAGGUGUCUUUUUUAACUACUAUUACUACUACUAAGGGCAUAUUCAGCAUAUUCAGCAUGGCCGUUUUACAUGGAGCGGUUUGGUGUUGGGAAGGCAUUGAGGGAUGAUAGGGUACGAAGUGGGUAUAAGAGGCAUGUAAGGUAUAUAUAUUAACUCAAGAGAUACUGAAGUAAUUUCACAUCUCGGUUACGAAUUUAUAUGGAUAGCGCAUGGAUAGUAGGCAGGCAGGCAUGAAUUAUAAUACGUUGCUUUUUUUUUUUAUAGAGUUUCGGUAAUAACUACAUGUCACUUCUUGUAGACAUGACGAAUAAAGGAUGAAAUGGCACCAUUUAGCUACCUCCUAGGUAUUCUAGGGAGCAUUAGACAGUAGUAGCACUUGAUACGAAAGAGGCUUUAUAGAAC